CACUGUGCAUGCCUUUGAAGCGCCCCUCCUGCACCGUCUCGACAUAUGCGAUUGAUUUGCAAGUUUCGUUUCGUGAACUAGCCUGAGUCGUCCGAGCUUGACUUCUAUCCUUGGCUCUUCCAGACCCGAAACAUCCCAGAACACCCGGGCCAGCCAUCAUGUCCGUUCCCGACCCAAAGACCGGCUCGCGAUGCGAGUUCAGAGCCUACCAUAAAACCACCAGGAAAGACGGCGAAUCCGCCCUCAAGUCAUUGACCGACCCUUUCAAGGCGGCAGAGACCGGGCAUGGCGACGACGCUUAUGCCUUGGUUAUCCGGCGCGACCACGCCGACAAGGGAGGACACGGGUCUGUGACUCUCAAGGUCAACUCGCCGCAUCUGCUGAAAGCCUUCCGCAAUGUCAUUGUAUCAUACACCACCGUGUCCUCGGACUUCAACUCCCCUUUGGAGCUCAGCAGCCCCUUCCAGAUGCUGAUGCACUGGUGGGACGAGUUGGACCUCUAUCGUAAAGAGACGGACGAUGCGGACGUGCGCAUGCACCUAAACCUCUUAUUCGAGUUUAUGGAAUUCGAGAUUGGCCCCGACCGAGACAAAAUCAUGGCGACGGUGAAAGAAGGCCGGAUCACGUAUUUCAGCGCCUGGAUCCUGUUCCGUCCUGGGGACCUGGUCUAUACUCAAGUGCUCGACCAUCCAUGGCUCCUGAGAUGCCAUAAAACCGUGUACGAAGUCAGCACAACUAAAGGCCCAUACUUGGAAGUUCAUUGCACGUACACUGAUCAUGAUGGAGCUCGAGCUGGAGAAGCCAAGCACAAGAUCAUUAUGUAUCAGAAGAAACAGUUUGGUCAGGAAAACCCGGCUUUCAUCACUGAUCUGCCUGUUUAUCCGCGCAGGUUUGUGAAAGGGGAAGAUGAUCUGGAAGAGAGGCUUACAAAACGUGGUGAGAAAUUUCUUGACCACAAAAAUGUGUCGGUACAGGAAUAUGACGGCAUCGCGCACUAUCUCAAGGAGCCACCGUACUCGUUCUGGCACCCUGACAUGGCCGACUUUGACGGCGUCUGGUUGCCUUAUACGGAAACCGGUCGCGUGAUUCUAGACCGGAAGACAUUCCAGGAGGACCAGUACUCCAACCAGGUCGGCAUCAAGGUUGUCGAGGCCGAGCCGCUGCUAUGCCCGCCCUAUGCAGUUGGUUAUUCCCUAAGCCGCAAGGACUGGUGUCGCUUUCUCGUCGACAAGAUUACCACCGUCAAAUGGAAAGAGAACGUGUGGUCUUUCCUGAUACUAAAUGAGGAGCAGAAGUUGAUCCUACGAGCGUUGGUGACGUCGCACGAGUACCCUGACAAUGCGCGAAAUCAGCCGGAACAGAAGGGCAAAGGCUUAGUGAUACUACUGCACGGGACACCCGGGUCCGGCAAAACGCUUUCUGCAGAGACAGCGGCUGAAGGGACGCACAAGGCUCUGGUUAGUACUUCGUUGGGAGAGUUGAAUAGAGACAACAUCCCAUGGACUUUUGAGUGGAGACUCAAACAGAUCUUCCAGUACGCCACCACAUGGAAAGCCGUGGUCCUACUCGACGAGGCCGACGUCUUCCUUCAAGCACGCGACGAUACCGGCGGCGGGGACGGGAAGCGCAAUUCUAUGGUAGCCAUCUUCCUGCGAGAGCUCGAGUACUUCUCUGGCAUCGUCUUCCUCACAACCAACAUCCUCCAAUCAUUCGAUAAGGCCAUCAGGUCCCGCAUCCACUUAGCGCUGGGCUUCGACCCGCCCGCGAGCCACAUCAGACGCCGCAUCUGGAUCCAGUACUUAGAGAAGAUCCCAGGGGGCAAGAUUGACCUGCCAAACAUUAGCAAGGCCGUGGAAGUUCUCGAGUUACGGGAGCUGAAUGGAAGAGAGAUUUCGAACGCGGUGAACACUGCCCGGACGAUUGCAAGGUUCCAGGGUGCCAAGCUGCAGCAACAUCAUCUCACGGACGUGCUCAAGGUGAGGGAUGCGUUCGACAAGAGGAUCAGAGACGAAGCUAGGGCGUUGAAGACGUCUGGGCAGUCAGGGGUAGGGGUUGGAAAUCUGCUGAGGCGGAGCUCAAUCCUAUCUAUGGAGCCUGAUGAGUAUGAAUAAUAGUUUUACUAAAAGCCUGAUUUAGACUAGUAUAAAGCUAGCUUUUAGUUAAGCGAGGUGGCUGCUGCUGAAAAUUGUUUAUAUAAGAGGAGAAAUCUCUUAUAUAAUAAAAAAUAUUAUAAAACUACUGGAAGCUUAAAAGAGAAGCGAAUUUAAGAGGUC